AUGGCUGAGAAUCAGAGACUACUGAACGGUUGCACCGGGUUGGACUUGCAUGAUGCCUUCCGCACCCUUCACCCAGUGAAGAAGGAGUUCACCUUCUAUUCAAGGUCGGCGAGGGUGAGCUCAAGAAUCGAUCGCGCGCUUGUGUCGGCGUCGAUGCUGGGCUGCAUAGGCGGAGCCUUCCACACCUCUAUCCCGAAGGGGAUCACGGACCACUGGUUUGCAAUCUCAGUGAAGCUGACGUCGUCUGAGGGGAACGCGAAAGGUCCCGGCCUGUGGAGGCUGCCUGCAAAAUUAGCGAAAAGUCAAGGAGUGAGAAACAUUGCACAGGCGAUUACACAACAGCAGGGUGCGGAAGAUGAGUUCGUCAAAACGCUGAAGAAGCUGAAUGCGGGUCUGCAGGAAUAUGCGAAAGGGGAAAGGAGGAGGGUGGCCCGUACAGUCGAACAUCUGGAGGAAAAGGUGGCGGUGCUCAGGCAAGCCUUUAUGAGUGACGCCGGGAAUCUCGACCUGCAAGAGCAACUGGCAAGGAGUGAAGCACAACUGAAAGCGUACUGGGAUGGGAAGAACGAUUGGCUGCAGACGUUGGCAGGCAUACAAGGGGAGUUGGAGGGAGAGACGGCGUCCAAUUUCCUCACGGGGAAGAUAGCUUCAUGGAGAGCGAAGACAGAGAUUCAGUCGCUUUCGGUGGGGGGAAAAACGGUGACGGAGGCGAAGGAGAUCUUGCUGGCCGCAUCAGAUUUCUUCCGAGACCUCUUUGGAAAGGCCAAGGAGACGUCAGGGGAGAAGUGGCUAACUGACAAGAGCAAGCGGCUGGAUGAGAAAGAUAGGGAGCUGCUGCAGGCGAAAUGGACGGAAAAGGAAGUCAGAAAGGCGCUAGCAGAGCUGCCCAAGGGGAAAACGCCAGGUCAAGACGGGCUACCGAGGGAGUUUUUUGAGAGCAACUAG